AUGGCUGAUGAGAAACCCAAGAAAGGAGUCAAGACUGAGAACAAUGAUCAUAUUAAUUUGAAGGUGGUGGGACAGGAUGGUUCUGUGGUUCAGUGUAAGAUUAAGAGGCAUACACCACUUAGUAAACUAAUGAAAGCCUAUUGUGAACGGCAGGUUGGAAUAGAGGAGGAAGAUAUGAUUGAUGGGUUCCAGCAGCAGACUGGAGGUGUCUUCUAA